AAUGGUGUGUCUUGAGUACCUACUUGCUUAAAUUUAGUUCGUACAAUUAUCAAACCCAUACGCAGAUAUUACAAAGCCAUUCUUGUUCCGUGUUAAUGGUGGAAACUCCGUUGCGUGAAGCUUAGGACUGCGUGGGCUUGAACUUUGCGGUUUUGACGGGUGUCUGCUCCAUGGAAGCAGAAGCGGCGGGGCUGCGCUGGGUGCUUUCGCAGCGUCUGAUAGCGGAAAGUGAAUACUCCCAUGUUAGCGAAAUUCACCAAAAAGCACUAAAGGGCGUGCAAGUUUCGCAGGGACAGGUUCUGAGCGCGCUGCUCCUGCCCUGUGCGACUUAACGCUGGGCCGUAAUGCUCCCUCCCCGAAGACGGAGAGGAAACACAGCAUUCAACAUGGGCAGCUGCUUCUCGACAGACAGGUUGGACAGUGCGGACGAUACGAAGCCCUCUACCACUGCAGAAGAGAGGAAGAGGCAGGGUGACGUGGAGAUGCAGCGGGAGGAAUCCGGUGCUCCAGAGAAACGAAACCCCAUUGAGAAAAGCCAGAAUUGAAAGUGACAAGAAAAAAUUCCCUAGAAGGAAAAAACCUUGGGAGGAACCAGACUCAAAGGGGGAGCCCAACAUCCAGGGGCCGGCAGAGGAAGUCAAAUGAACAACAUGGCAAUAUCCUCAUUUACACAGUGCAAAUUUUAAGAUUUGAGUAUAUAUGCAGGGGGCACGCUGAUGCUGGUGCUGCUUCUGAUGGCAAGAUGAACAGGUCAGGUACAGCAACAGGUCAGGCAGCAGAGAUGUCACAGUAACUGCAUAUUUUAUCAAAAUUGAAUUAUCACUGAACAUCACUGAAAUCUGGUCUCUAUAGCUGUUUCAUCUUGUGACAAAAUGUUUUAGUUCAGCUAUGCUUAGUUUUGAAGAAGCCAGGGUGUAGCUACAAAGUCCACACUAAAACCAAGGCAAGCGCCCCUUCUCUGUUUCAUUGUCAGCGUAGUUACUGUGUUUUGCUUUUGUAGGGCUAUAUUAUACUAUCAUGAAUUGUGUUAUUAAUACGGUUAUGCUUUUCUUUAAAAUUCUCUUAUCUGCCGCCUGGUCAGUAUCUUUAUGGCAUUUUCAACGAGAGUAUUAACAAGAGGAAUUUACAAACGCUUGCGAAAAAACAUUGCUUUAAAAUUGUAGAAUUUAAAAUAUCGUUAUUUCUUUAUUUUGGAACUAUAGAUGACAGUACUUUUGUUAUACUAGGGAGGCUAUAUGUGUGCGAACCGAAGGCAGCUGGGAAUUGUAGUUUUUUUUAUGUAGAACGUAAGCAGAAUUACGCCUGAACAUCCGGUCUUUUAAACGCCAGUUUCCGGUAACUCAGCCGGCGCCUACAGUGGAGUAUUGGUGUCGCUUAAAAAUAUCGAUAUGCAUUUGCAUUCUUCUUCGAAUUAAAUUUACAUCGUAUAGCUAACAAACUGAAGUAGUGUGUGUCGCUGAAUCCUGUAACGCCAACCGACGUGUAAACUAAUAUCAGACUUCUGGCGGGGUCUCUUGUCGGAGAGCAGCAUUGGAGAGAGAUGUUGGCAUGGUGGAGACCUCUGCUGACAUAUGGGAUGAAGGUGACCACAUUUUGCCCCUAAAGAAUGGCGCCGUAAGCUGCACGUCCGCUGUGGUGAUUGAGGACCCUUACGCCAGAGCAGAGGAUGGAGCCAUAGCAAACCAGCAGCAUCAUCCGGAGCACAGGCAAAUUGCCGAUAGACCCAAAGACCAAGCCUAUCCUGAGGCGGGCCGCUGUCCAGGAACCUUCCUAAAGUCUAAGCUUCUUCAGGAUAAGUCCUCAUUCUGUAGCGAGUCCCAAGCGGGGACUCCCUGUGAAAGUGUCCCCAAGCUGGCCGACUCAGAGCGUAUCCAUGUAGCAGUCCCUGGGAAUGUGGAUCUUGCCGCCGACAUGCGUCAGGACCAGAGGCCGAUCCCGACGGCUAAAGUCAAGACAGAAGAGAAGACCACAGUUGGACAGAGUGAAGCCAGUGAGAAGGAUAGGGCCUCGAGUCCCCAGGAGGGGCUGUCUGGAACAGGGAAGCCGCUGCUUCCAAAGGAGAUUAUCCCAGGGCCGCAUGCUGGGAAGGACGCAGCAAGAACAGAUAAGGGGGCUGCGCAGGACAACCUUGUCCGAUCCCAGGCUAAAGGCCCAAAGGACUCAGCCGGCCAGAGCCAUCCUGCGGAUGUAAAUAGAGAACCAAUGAAGGCCGAGGGUAGCAUUGGUCCAACAGAUGACGACAGUGGGGAAAUAGACCUGUACCGGGGGGCUGAGGAGAUUGAGGAGGAGCGUGACAGGCGGAGCAGGGCACGGGAGCGACUCUCCGGGGAGCAGCGUGGGUACCCUCCCUGGGUGGUGUCGUGGGCUGCUGACGGGACUGGUGACGCAGCCCCUACGGACCAAUGCAGCGUGGCACAGGAGGUGGGCCUGCUGUGCUACAGUGAGAGAGAGUGGAGGGGCAACACAGCCAAAAGCACCCUCAUCAGAAAGGGUUACGAGGUUGUCUACCAAAGAUUCCAAGGCCUUCGGCGAGUGAGGGGGGAUAAUUACUGCGCCCUGCGGGCCACGCUCUUCCAGGUACUGUGUCACCACCAGCCUCCUGAUUGGCUCCAGCAGAGAGACAUCACCCAGUGGCCACUGGAGUUGCUGGAACAGGAGGAUUUGAUCAAACUUUGGAGGCUCCCCCUGGACCUUAAGGAGCAGGGUGGGUUUGGCUCCACCACAGCGUGUCUGAAGUACUUCCUGGACCUCCUGAAAAAGAAGUGGCAGCAGGCAGCGCAGUCGUGCAGCAUCGUCGAGAGGCAGCGGACGUGCGAGCAGCUGUUCUGGGGCGGCAAGUUGGAGUACGGGCUCCUGGAGGCGGUCAAGCUCCUCAUGCUGUGCACGGCCGUGGAGCUGCACGGCCGCAUGCACAGGGGCGACCCCGUACCCGACUUCAGCUGGCUCCUGUUCGCCCGCGACUCCUCCAGUUGUCCACGGGCGUUCCUCACCAACCAUCUGAGCCUAGUGGGCUUCAGCGGCGGCCUUGAGCAGGUGGAGAUGUUUCUCCUGGGCUACACCCUGAAGAGCACCAUCCAGGUGUACCGUCUGUACAAGGCCCAAACGGAGGAGUUCAUCACUUAUUAUCCCGAUGACCACAAAGAUGACUGGCAGCACGUGUGUCUCGUCACUGAAGAUGACCGUCACUACAACAUUCCUGUGGCCAGGCUGGAUGGCGCCAACUCACAGGAGCCCCGGGGCACCACCUGCACUUCUCCAAAGAAGCUUUCUCUGUGAGUGACAUACUACUGAUGGCCACCAAACCUGCAGAGCAGGUGGACACUCAAGCAAUUACUGACUCUCGCGUCGGUAAGCAACAAGACUACUUUGUGACUCUUGUGAUAUUUGGAAUAAUGAGGAAGAAUUGGUUUGCAAAUGUUUGUUUGGGAUGAAGGAUGGUGCUGAUGGACCCUUCAGCUUCACCUCGGCCAAACCUUCUUGGUUCCCCGUGUUUUUCUAUGGGGGGUAGGACAUCCUGGCAGCCUGAUUACUAAUGCUGUAUCCUUUGGUUCCUGGUACUGCUGGAGCUUUUUCUUGACUGGUCUUAAAUAAAAUCAGCCUACGGGAUUCUCUUAUGAAAA